AAGGGGCGGGGCUUAAAUGAGGGGCGUGGUUCGGCCUAAGGAGCUCUGAGAGGCGGAGCUUAUGAGGAAGAGGCAGAGCUCUAGAGAGUAGGGGAUUGGAGGCGGGGAAGAACAGGGUAAACUUCCCGGGCCUGGGUCGAGGAGGACGGAUUCUGAGACGAUGGGCGGGGAUUAUGAUAAUUAAGAUGUGAAAUUGGCGUGAUUGGGCCGGGGCGGGGCUUAAGCGUGAAAUUUACAUGAGGGCGUGGCUUAACCGGAUGUCCGGAGCACGUUGGCGGUGUCCUAAGAACGGGCGGGCGCAGAGGGCGCAGGCGCACUAUGCUCAGCUCGCCACCGGAAGCAGCCGAGGCUUCCCCCGCCCGCGUUCCCGAGCCAGCGCGCAGGCGCACUUCCCCUUCCCGGUCGCCGCCGCCGCCUCCUCUUUCCGCUCCUCCACGCCGGCGCCUCGGAGACGGGAGCGAUUUCCGCUUCCGGGCGGGCGGCCAGGCGGGCGGCGCGGGGCUGCCGGGGAGGGGGAGGGGGCGGCACUUCCGGUCGGGCCCUCGGGUCUCCCCGGAGCGGCGGCGCCUCCUCCGCCUCCUCGGCCUCCUCCCGGCGGAGACCCCGGCGCCGGGCACCCCUGUCUCCCACCCGCCCAGGAUGGAGGCCAACCCGGCGGGCGGCGGCGCCGGGGGCGGCGGGAGCAGCGGCCUGGGGGCCGAGGACGGGGUUCACUUCCAGAGCUACCCCUUCGACUUCCUGGAGUUCCUCAACCACCAGCGCUUCGAGCCCAUGGAGCUGUACGGGGAGCACGCCAAAGCGGUGGCGGCGCUGCCCUGCGCGCCCGGGCCCCCGCCGCAGCCGCCGCCGCCGCCGCCGCCCCCGCAGUACGACUACCCGCCCCAGGCCACCUUCAAACCCAAGGCCGAGGCGCCGUCCUCGUCCUCCUCGUCGUCGUCCUCCUCCUCGUCGUCCUCGUCGUCCUCCUCCCAAGCCAAGAAGCCCGACCCGCCCCUGCCGCCCGCCUUCGGGGCGCCCCCCCCUCCGCUCUUUGACGCCGCCUUCCCGGCCCCGCAGUGGGGCAUCGUCGACCUCUCGGGACACCAGCACCUGUUCGGGAACCUCAAGCGCGGGGGGCCGGCGUCCGGGCCGGGGGCGACGCCGGGGCUGGCCGCUCCCACGGGGACCCCCGGGCCGCUCCCCGCGCCCUCGCAGACGCCGCCGGGCCCCGCCGCGGGGGCGGCCUGCGACCCCGCCAAGGACGACAAGGGCUACUUCCGGAGGCUGAAGUACCUGAUGGAGCGGCGCUUCCCCUGCGGCGUGUGCCAGAAGUCCUUCAAGCAGUCCUCGCACCUGGUGCAGCACAUGCUGGUGCACUCGGGGGAGCGGCCCUACGAGUGCGGCGUCUGCGGCCGCACCUACAACCACGUCUCCAGCCUCAUCCGCCACCGCCGCUGCCACAAGGACGUGCCGCCGGCCGCGGGGGGCCCGCCGCCGCCCGGCGCGCCGCUCCCGCCGCUGGGCCUGCCCGCGCCCGCCGCCCCCACCUCGGCGUCCUCCGGCCCCCCGGCCGCGCCCGCCACGCCCGCCGCCCCCGCCGACGGGAACGCGGCCCCCGCCGCCUCCGCGGGGGUGGGGGUGGGGGUGCCCCCUCCGGCGGCGGCGGGGGGCGGCGACGGCCCGUUCGCCUGCACGCUCUGCUGGAAGGUGUUCAAGAAGCCCAGCCACCUCCACCAGCACCAGAUCAUCCACACGGGCGAGAAGCCCUUCUCCUGCUCCGUGUGCAGCAAGAGCUUCAACCGCAGGGAGAGCCUCAAGCGGCACGUGAAGACGCACUCGGCCGACCUGCUGCGCCUGCCCUGCGGCAUCUGCGGGAAGGCCUUCCGCGACGCGGCCUACCUGCUCAAGCACCAGGCGGCGCACGCGGGCGCGGGCGCGGGCGCGGCGGGGCCCCGGCCCGUGUACCCCUGCGACCUGUGCGGCAAGUCCUACUCGGCGCCGCAGAGCCUGCUCCGGCACAAGGCUGCCCACGCCCCGCCCGCGGCCCCCGACGCGCCCAAGGACGCGGCGGCCUCCGUCCCGCAGCCCCCGCCCACCUUCCCCCCGGGCCCCUACCUCCUGCCCCCCGACCCGCCGGCCACCGACAGCGAGAAGGCGGCGGCGGCCGCGGCGGCGGUGGUGUACGGCGCGGUGCCCGUCCCGCUCCUGGGGGCGCACCCGCUGCUGCUCGGCGGGGCCGGGACCAGUGGGGCUGGAGCCUCCGGCGCCAGCGUCCCCGGAAAGACGUUCUGCUGCGGCAUCUGCGGGCGCGGCUUCGGGCGCCGCGAGACCCUGAAGCGCCACGAGCGCAUCCACACGGGCGAAAAGCCGCACCAGUGCCCGGUGUGCGGGAAGCGCUUCCGCGAGUCCUUCCACCUGAGCAAGCACCACGUCGUGCACACCCGCGAGCGGCCCUACAAGUGCGAGCUCUGCGGCAAGGUCUUCGGCUACCCGCAGAGCCUCACCCGGCACCGCCAGGUGCACCGGCUCCAGCUGCCCUGCGCCCUGGCCGGGGCCGCCGGUCUGCCCGCCACCCAGGGCGCGGCGGGGGCCUGUGGCCCGGGCGCCUCGGCCACGUCCGGGGGCGCCGCCGAUGCACUGAGUUACGCCUGCUCGGACUGCGGCGAGCACUUCCCGGAUCUCUUCCACGUCAUGAGUCACAAGGAGGCGCACAUGGCGGAGAAGCCCUACGGCUGCGAUGCCUGCGGCAAGACCUUCGGCUUCAUCGAGAACCUCAUGUGGCACAAGCUGGUCCACCAGGCUGCUCCCGAGCGCCUGCUCCCGCCCGCGGCCGGCGGCCCCCAGCCCUCGGACGGCUCCAGCAGCACCGAUGCGGCCAACGUGUUGGAUAACGGGCUGGCCGGAGAGGUGGGGGCAGCAGUGGCGGCGCUGGCAGGGGUGUCUGGGGGCGACGACGCCGGCGGGGCGGCGGUGGCCGGGGGCGGCGGGGCUGCCAGUUCGGGCCCCGAGCGCUUCAGCUGCGCCACGUGCGGCCAGAGCUUCAAGCACUUCCUGGGCCUCGUGACUCACAAGUAUGUGCACCUGGUGCGGCGGACCCUGGGCUGCGGCCUGUGUGGCCAGAGCUUCGCGGGGGCCUACGACCUGCUCCUGCACCGCCGCAGCCACCGGCAGAAGCGGGGCUUCCGCUGCCCGGUGUGCGGCAAGCGCUUCUGGGAGGCUGCGCUGCUAAUGCGCCACCAGCGCUGCCACACGGAGCAGCGGCCCUACCGGUGCGGCGUGUGUGGCCGAGGCUUCCUGCGCUCCUGGUACCUGCGGCAGCACCGCGUGGUGCACACGGGCGAGCGGGCCUUCAAGUGCGGCGUGUGCGCCAAGCGUUUCGCGCAGUCCUCCAGCCUGGCGGAGCAUCGGCGACUGCACGCGGUGGCCCGGCCCCAGCGCUGCGGCGCCUGCGGCAAGACCUUCCGCUACCGCUCCAACCUGCUGGAGCACCAGCGGCUGCACCUGGGCGAGCGCGCCUACCGCUGCGAGCACUGCGGCAAGGGCUUCUUCUACCUGAGCUCCGUGCUGCGCCACCAGCGCGCGCACGAGCCGCCGCGGCCUGAGCUCCGCUGUCCCGCCUGCCUCAAGGCUUUCAAGGAUCCUGGCUACUUCCGUAAGCACCUGGCGGCCCACCAGGGCGGCCGGCCUUUCCGCUGCUCCUCCUGCGGCGAGGGUUUCGCCAACACCUAUGGCCUCAAGAAGCACCGCCUGGCCCACAAGGCCGAGGGGCUCGGGGGACCUGGAGCAGGGACAGGCACCUUGCCCGGGAAGGAUGCCUGACCAGGGAGGGGGGUGCUUCCCACCUGCCACUCCAAUCAGAUGUCUCCUUCCGGACUCACCCGUUCUGAACUCUGAUCAGACUCUUCCCCCUCCUCUCUGCUGUCCCAUCCAUCCUUCAGAACUUCAGACAGACUAGCCUCCUUCAAGGCCUAUGUCAUGCAAACUCAAGACUGAAUCACUCCCAUCUGGACCUCUCUGGCCCUCUCCUCCUCCUGGCAGACACUGAACUUGAUCCUCCGUCCAACACCGUUUUGUAACCCUCGUCAGCUCCCUGCCCCAGCAGCUUGCUCAGUCCCCCAAGAAGCUUGGUGGAGAUGGGUCUGAACGGCCCCUCCCCCUUCCUCCGGAAUCUGGCCGGACCGUGGAGUAUGAGCGGUUUGGGAGGGCACAAAGGGUUGACUGGGUGCUCUUGGUUUGUGGGGGUGGGGGGCGGGGUGGCAGACGCGGCUUGUACAGAGCGGAGAAUAAUAAAUCUUAUCAACAGGGCCGCUGGAGUCCUUUCUUGCCUCCCAGGGUGAGGGGAUUAGGCACUGACAAACA